AUGUCAUCUGAAUAUUCUUCAACUAUUCACCUCACACAAGAGGAACUACAACAGGAUGUCCAAAUAUCAGUUUCUGACGCUCAAGAAUGGACAGCUGAGCUUCCCUUUAUAGGUCUCCGUGACUAUGAUGACAAUGAAUCAGUUGACCUCUUCUCGUUUAUUACAAAUGGGCCCGAAUUUACACGAGCACAAUUCAAUCCAGAUCACUGGCCACCUACAAAUGCAGGUAGAAAGAAGUUGCUUUUUCACUUGCAGCAACUUGCUCUUAAGUAUGGUACCGAGUUCAAUGUAGAUAGCUACAAUGGCACACUAAGAUGUGCUCGCAACCGCAAGUAUGCCAAUAAAGAAAAAAAUAAGGAUGAAUAUGAUGUGCAAGGUGUUCGUUUUGGCCUUCGCCAUAAGUCGCACCAUCAUGAUCGCAAAAGAAAUCGUGUAAAUGGACAAACCAAACCCCAAGGUAGUAUUGAAGAUAUCCCACUGUGA